CUUUUGUUAAUUUUAUCACUUCAUUGGAUUGUGUUUGAUGACUUUAGGGUUUCAAUUAAUUGAUGGAUUUUGACCAAGAUUAUAAAUUUAUUCAUGUUUUUGCUUUUAUGUGAUGUUAUGAUGCAUUUUCCUUGGUCGAUUAUUAGUCAUCAACGCGUUCAAGGUUUGUUGUUGUUGAUUUAUUCAGUUCUUUUUGUGUUGUGAUUAUCUUAGGUUGUGUUUGUGUUGACUAGAUAAUUUGUUGCAGAAUUGUAUUUUGGUGUAAAGAAACUUAUGUAAACAAAGCUGGAGUUUCUAGAGUCCUUUUUAGAGGAACAAGGACAUACUUUUGCUGUACGGAAUUGUAAAUGGGCUCCCACCACAGCCUUUGUGCUGAUGAUUAAUACAUUGUUACCUUUCUCGACAAAAGAAAAACUGUUGCCGAAAGAGGAAAGGAAAAAAAUAAAAAAAAAAAGGAGAUGGUGCCAUCUACACAAGAUUUUGGGUGGCGAUUGCAUGUUGAAAUUUGUUGUAAAAAGUGAAAGUUAAUUUUUGGAAGAUGGUGUUUGACUGAAAAAAUUGAAAAUAUGUUUUGAGGCAAAAAUUGAUUAUUUUUCGUUGUAGUUGAAGAAUAGUUCAGGAGGUGGAGGUCCUUUGCCCAAAAAUCAUCAUUCACUGACAAAUGACUAACAAAUCUUUGAGAAACUACAAUGAGCUAAACACAUCUUCAGCUUCUACUAACCUUCUUUAUGUUAACGAGAAACAUUUUUCAAAAAGUAUUUUCCAGACAGGUCCAAAUGAACUAUUUGAAGGAGAUGGAAAUAACAUUACUCGCUAUUAUUGCUGGAUUGUUUCUGCUGUUAUGGUUGUGAAUAACUGACUAUAGUGCAAUUGUAGAUGAGCAACAUCUGAUUUUUGAAAUUAAUGUAUCAUGUGGAGUCAUAAGAUAAAUCAGUCAGAUCAUUUGUCACAAAAGAAAAAGAAGAGAAAAUCAGUUGGAUCAUUUGAAAUCUAAAAUUCUCUAUUACAGCUUGUGAGGGUAAGGUGGCACUGUGAAUACUUGAUGGAUUUGAAGUUACCGGUUUCAAAGAAAAUACUCGAGGGAUUUGCCCCGCCUACCCCUCCCCCCGUGCUUGCUAUUCUUUUUCUUGGGAAGGGCUGGGUUGCUUCCUUCAUCUAUUGAGUCAGUUUCACAUUUCCGUGCUCCCUUAUCAUCUGUCGAAUCCAUUUCACAUUUUCAAUUUGCUAAGCAUCAAAUAGUGCACCACUGGGCUUCCUCAUUUCAAGAUAUGAAGCAUCUUUGAGAUCCAAAAAGUGCAUAGUUCUCUAUAAUGACUUGGAAAUAUCAUGCCAAUACACUUGUGUCAGCAGGGCAGUUUCCUGACACAUGCUUUUUUUAUCACAUGUCAAGUGAGUUGGCUAUAACUUCCUUUACCUUGCUUUAGUACUGUUUCUGGUAGGGAAGGUUGUUCAACUGAUACUAUAUCAGAUUGAUGAUUUGCUUUUCUCAUGCGUUCUAUUAAGUAUCGGACGUAGACUUUUAUAAGUUCCCUAUUCUGCAUCCAUAUAGGUCAAGAAAGUUGUAAGUUUUUUUCCCUGGGUAUGUAAAGGACACAAAGGAAAAACAAAACAGUCUAGCAUAUGUUCUUCUUGUAUGGGUAAAAGAAUCUAAAAUUAAGAGGAAUGCGGGUAGCUACAUGCCUAUAUCUUCGGAGUCCCACGACUUUACUGAAUGCAUAAAGAAGUUCAGAAGUGGCGGAUACAUGACUUUCUAUGAGUUGAGUGGAAGGAACGUUCACCUUUCCUUUCUUGACUUUCCUAUUUCAGUCUACCAAACACGCCUAACCCUCCUGCACGGUCUAGUUGCUGAUGCUAAAAAAUCUUUAGGGGAGUGGGAGAGAAGGAAAAACCUGUUUUUUUUUUUAUUUUUUUUAUUUUUUAUAUAAUUUUUUUAUAUUAAAAUCACAUUCUCUUUUCUGAUUUCAACGAUGGAUUUGGGAAUGCAACUUGGAAUGUAAUUAUGAUGUUCACUUAUAGAACAUUAAAGAAAGAAAUGAUAAUAAAACCAUUUAGUCUCUGAAUAUUUACUUACAGUAAAAUGAAACCAUUCAAUGUCUGAAUAUAUUGUAAGAGUGCUUGUUGAGCAGUUACAGCUGGCAGAAAACAAUAGUUGGCUUUUUGCCAAUGGAGAAGCCAACAGAUUCUAGCUUAUUUGUCAAUGAUGGUUCUUUCAUGGAGAGGUUCAAACAGCUCCAACAGGAGAAGGAAAAGGAGAAGGUGAAGGCACCCUCCUCAAAAGAGUCUAAGACAACAUCCAGUGUAUUGGGAGCUUCAACUCCAAAGGCAGUCGUUAGUAAGCCAAGCUUGGAAUUCAAAACUAAUGCUUCGCGGAAAACUACUACAGCUGCUUCAGGUGGGAAACUUGCAUUUAGCCUGAAACAGAAGUCCAAAAUAGCUGCACCUUCUGUUAAGCUAGGUGAAGAUGAGGAUGAUGAGGAUGAAAAAGAUGCUGGGAAUUCUUCAGGAGAUGGGCCAAUUAAACGGCAGAGGGUGGAGGAACCUCGUGCUCUGCACCAGCCCCUUAGACAGAUUGAUGUUGCACCAAAUACCCCAAGUGAUCCAACAGUGAAGAAAGUUGCAGACAAAUUAGCAAGUUUCGUGGCCAAGAAUGGAAGGCAGUUUGAGCAUAUCACACGCCAAAAGAAUCCAGGAGAUACACCAUUUAAGUUCUUAUUUGAUGAAAGCUGUCCUGAUUACAAAUACUAUGAAUAUCGACUUAGUGAAGAGGAAAAGGCUCUAUCACAGACCAGCGAUGCCCAAACAUCACAUAGUGGAGUUUCUAGUACUGCGACUCCUAGUUCAACAAGCAGUUCUCAUAGGUCACAUCAGCAGCAACUGAAUUACCAAAUUCCUGCAUCAGCAUUGUAUGGAGCAACAGAGAAUACAAGUUCUUCAGAGUCAGGUCAUUCAAGCGGUCCAUCGGGGUCAGAUCCAAUAGCGAUGAUGGAAUAUUACAUGAAGAAAGCUGCAGCAGAAGAGAAGCUGAGGGCACCAAGAUCAUCAAAAGAUGAGAUGCCUCCGCCUGCUUCUCUCCAAGUUGCAGUUCCAGGAAAGAAGGGUCAUCACAUGGGAGACUAUAUCCCGCCUGAAGAGCUUGCUAAGUUUUUGUCUACCUGCAAUGAUGUAGCUGCUCGGAAAGCUGCCAUAGAGGCGGCAGAAAGGUCGAAAAUACAAGCUGAUAAUAUUGGCCACAAACUUCUGUCAAAAAUGGGUUGGAGAGAAGGUGAAGGACUAGGGAGCUCUAAAAGUGGUAUUGCAGAUCCAAUCACGGCUGGCAGUGUAAAAUCAAAUAACUUGGGUGUUGGUGCGAGCCAACCUGGGGAGGUCACUCCAGAAGAUGAUAUCUAUGAGCAAUAUAAGAAACGAAUGAUGCUAGGCUACAAGUACAGGCCAAAUCCAUUGAACAAUCCGCGAAAAGCAUACUACUGAGGCAGUUUGUGAACUCCUAGCUGGCCAUCUACUCGUCCUCUGUAUUGAAGUAACUUGAGUUUGUUAUAGUUUUCUUCAGUAAGACAAUUAUUUGGAAGUUGAUGUUAUUUUGGUCCAAAUACUACCAAGUAUGAAUUCCGUUGUAUCUAAGACAUUAAAAAUGACGUGUUUUGAACUCAAUAUAUAUUUCGGCGCCUCUGGUUUAUCCAAAA